UCUAGGUUUUCAACGAGAUGUCGUGGCUGCUGCUGUUGCUGUGGCAGCUCUUUGCUAGAACUUGGGCCUUCGACUACUGUGAUCCUGUCCUGUGUCCGGGGCCCGAAAAGCACAUAGCAUGCAAUAAUUUUGGUGAACUGGCUGAUAGCUGCAGUCCCGAUGCCCAUGUGGUACGGAUUACUACAACUCGACGCACUAUGAUCCUCAAUGAGCUGAACGCUUAUCGCGAUCGUAUUGCCAGGGGUGAUUUAAUUGGCUUUAAUCCUGCCACCAGAAUGGCUACCUUGCAAUGGGAUCCCGAAUUGGCCAGUUUUGCCGAACUGAAUGUGAAACGAUGUGCCUUGGUUAACGAUCAUUGCCGGAACAGUGAUCAGUUUCGGAAUGUGGCUCAAGUAGUUGCCGAGGGGGGCUGGCAGAAUUUGGCCAAUGGAGGUGCCAACUCACAGGAAUAUCACACAGAGGAUGAGGUCAUAAGGGCCACGCUAGAGCAAAUGUUCGCCGAGUACAAGGAGUGCAGUAUGCGGGAUAUCAUUGCCUACAGUCCGCCCAUGAACAGAAUUCUACGCUUGCGUUACAGCAAGUGUAUUGCCUAUUUCACCCAGCUUGUGCGGGAUACAACCACCCAUGUGGGAUGUGGCAUACUCCGCGAGACAAGGAAUUCGACCAAUGCAAAGGGGGAAUACAUUCUGAAUACCCAUCAGUAUAUGACAUGCAAUUUCGUCAGAGGCAAUGAUGUAAAUGCUCCGGUCUAUCAAAGUGGCGAUCGACCAGCCACCGAAUGCCUGACUGGAAGGAAUCCUUUAUUCAUUAAUCUAUGUUCGAUUAAUGAGAUCUAUGAUAAUACAAUCUUUAACGGAUUCUAAUGAGAGAAUAUCUAAUUCUAGGAAUGAUAUCACCGUGCGCUCAAUGAGUAAAGCGAUUAAACAUAUUAACGCCAGCCAAUGCGAUAAGAUAAUAAUACAA